CGCAGCGCUCAUUCAUUACGUACAGCUGAGCUGGCCCCUCGUGACACGGAUGUCUCUAAAUGAGAGACUACGGUAAAUACGGUAUCGCGAUUGUGUGUGCUCGAUAUGUGUGCGAUCUUUCGCACGACGAAUAACAAUAUCUGACGAAUUAUACGCUUAAGGGAAUUAUCGUGAAAGAAACAAUCUCUCGAGCCAUCGAACAAAUCCAAUAGAAGAAACGUGACUAGAUUUUAUCAAGUGUAUUAGACCUACAGUUUGAUUUUUUUUAGAAUUGCCGACUGGGUCAGUGAAAUGAAUGAGGAAUCUUCAAUGAGAUGAAUGGAGGGGAGACUUAUUCCGGUUAUGUAACAGAGAUCGUGAACUUCUAGUUAGCAGUGGACUACAGCUGGGAAUUCUACGAGCGAUUCUAGAAUCCGCUGGCGAUAUUAUUUUUCCCUUUCGAUAUGGCCGACCCAGAUUUCCGCACCAAGUCGAGGGAGCAGUGCCGGUGCGGAGACUGCGACUUCAUAAGACGGGAAUUGAUACCGGAGAUGGUGCACGACCGUCGUUUCUGCGAGUCCGGCUCGAGGGAGUUUGUCGAGUUCGAUUCCGUUGACAUAGAGCAUCUCGACGGGAUUCGCGAUUAUACGACCAGGUUAUACCGGGUGACGGCGCGGGUAAAAUUUUCCGGCGAGACUUGCAGCUUCCCUCUCGUUAUCAAGUUGCCCAAGGCAGACGCGGAAUCUCCGCCGUCCGGCCCUUUUCAAAACGAAGAGAUGUUUUAUAGCAAGAUGACACUCGAGUACGGAACGGACGGUAUACCCAAGUGUUACCUAUCCGACUUGGGUCGAUACGGUCGGCCGGUCAUAGUAUUGGAGGAUCUGUCCGCGCGCGGUUACGCACAUGUAAAGGAUAAAUUAGACGAGGAUCACUUGAAAUUGUGCGUAAAAGCUUUGGCGGCAUUUCACGGCAGAGGAUUGAGGCUGAAAGCGCGCAAGUUUCCCAUUUUCCGAGAGUUCUAUGCGAAACUGUCUGUGCCGGACAGCUUGUAUUCUGAUCAACAAAUGCUCGAUGCCAGCGUACAUUUGAGCUUCGCAUCACUCGAAUCAAAUCUCGUUGAGAAAAUAAAAGGAAAGCUACACGUAAUGGAAAGUUUGUCCACGGAGAUCAACGACGUUUCGAUCGUUUGCCACGGUCAUUUCACGCGGGAUAACGUAUUGUUCAAGCACGAGAACGGCAAACCGAGCGACGUAAAGAUGAUCGAUUGGGAAACAAUGAGGUACUGCUCGCCGGCGAUCGAUUUCGCUCUUAUUCUCUUCACCAAUAUACCCGACGAAAGUGAACUGCCGAAAGUCGAGGCAUUCUGCCGGAACAUUUUGCGAUUUUAUUUGGACACCGUGAAGGGGGAGUAUCCGGAAGUGGAGCGCGAACUUUUGGAACGAGACAUUAUCGCCAAGCUGCUGCUGGGGUAUAUUAGCUUGUGCGAUGACGACCCGAUUAGAAUCACGUACCAAGAACUGGGGAUGAUGUUGCACGUGCUCGAUGGUCUAGGUAGCCUCGAUUAGAACCGCUCCCGUUGUGUACAUUGGCAGUUUAUUUGAUCUUCUACGAUGUACGCUAUACUUGUUCCACGUGUUAAGCUUUAUCACAACUUUAGCGCGCGUGUUCGCGAUAAGGACAUACUAUAUCGAAGGGAGUGUUAUUGGCAGAUAUAAAAGGGUGUGUCUAAAAAAGCAUAUGUUAUCGCUUUACAUUUUACAAAUUAUUAUAUCAUCGAUGUUUAAAAUUCGAGAUAUUUUUUGUAUUAGUUCGUGAAAAAAUAAUUUUCCGUUUUAUAAUUAUUCGCACAUAUUUCAAUUAUUCGUUUUGAAAUUAUAAAAUUAUUCACCGUGUUUAAUUCUUGCAACUCUUAUCAAUGUCUGCAAAAACGAGAAAAAUGCAGCAAUUUUUAAAAAGCACGGAUUAAUCGCGUCGCAACAAAUUAUAAUUAUUAAUAUCAUUCUUUUUCGACUGUAAUUAAUUAACUCUAUAUGAUGUCACGAAAGCUUUAUUAUCGCUUUAUUAUCUUUGUUUUAGUAUUCAGUUCAUUACAUUUACACGAUUAAGAUGCUUAUUUUUUACACGUGAUGAAUGUAUCGUAUAACAGUUGCCGUUAUGAUAUAUAACGUCCACGUCCAGCAAUGAAAUGCAGUAUGCCUUGUUUCUCGGAAAUGCAAGCUCGUAUUGUUACUACGGAUUACGCUGCUCUCGAUGCUGAUAUUACCCUAGUUUGAUAUUUUUAGAUUUAUUUGCCAUCCACAUCUUCAUUAAUCUGCAUUACGUAUUUAUCGAAAUCCCCGUUAGGAUAAUUCCGAUAAAAACUUUCGAAAUAAGAGUAGUUGUACAUAUAAAAAAAUUAUUAUCGAAAGAAUAUUUCUCAAUUAUGUAAUUUUAAGUGGCGAUUAAAUUUAUGAAAUAUUCAUAUAUAUAUAUAUAUAUGUUUAAGUAUCUCCUUUUCAAAUAUAAACGAU